AUGGCACGAAAUCGCUACUUCUGUAUUGCAGUUGCUGCACAGCCUGCUCGGUCUGAAGUUGGCGUCCAGAGUGAUAUCAUGGGACAAAGCAAAACGGAUCGAUACAUUAUGACAGUGCUUCCAAGAGUCACAGAAGUCGAUCAGUUCAACGACCGUGUAAUUGCUUUGAUGGGAACAGAACUGUCUGCAAUUGAAAACGUUUCGGGAUCUUCUGUAUUUGUGAAAGCUUGCACGUGGCAAAGAAAAGAGUACUCCCUUAUCCACUCAAACCUCCCACUUAUCGGCUCCAGUUCUGACCGCCUUGACAUGGAUUCUACGGCCGGAGGACCUUGUUCAGAGUUAAAGUUCACGGUGAACUGUCGUGUCCUUCUAAGACGAGCAAUUGACCAAGUGAAAGGACUUGUCAAUGGCCUCACCGGGGUUCUAGAAGAAAUCGAUGUGGUGACCGGACAAGUUCAAAAACUUGGAGUCAGUAAUGUACACUGA